CUUUUCGAUCUAUUUGAAUGGCCUCCAAAUAAGAAUAGAGCAGAAAAAUAAUUAAUUUUACAAUAUACUAAUGAUCAGAGCUUUUCCUACGCUAUUUCGGCAACAGUUGAUUUGCAAAACAGUUUUUAACAGCAUAUCAACAACGUUACAGAAAAUGUCUGUACAGGCAACCAUCACAGAGAAUCUCACCAAAGAGUUCAAGCCCUCUCAUCUUGAAGUCCUAAAUGAGAGUUACAUGCACAAUGUUCCAAAAGGUUCAGAAACACACUUUAAAGUCAUAGUGGUAUCAGAUGUCUUCAAGGAUAAAUCAUUGAUACAGAGACACAGAAUGGUGAAUGAAGUGCUCAAAAAAGAACUUGAGGGCGGAGUCCAUGCUCUUUCAAUACAGGCCAAAACAGCCGAACAGUGGGAAUCAUCUGGACAAAAAGUGCAAAAGUCUCCACCAUGCAUGGGAGGGUCAGGCAGAUAGCAGUCAUAAUAAUUAUAUGAUUGUUAUAUAGCAACUACUGACAAAACAAUUUAAUACCAAAGUUUGAUGGGUURAUAAUAAACUUUCGUUAGAAUGAUUUUAACUGGUCCAUGAGAAACUAGUGAACAUAAACAAUUUUUACAUAGUUUACAUACUGGUGUAUGUACAWGUACAUGUCUGACAGGUAUUGCUAAAGGUAUUUCAAAAAGUCUGUGUUAAUGAGAAUAAUAAUAAGAAAUGCCAGUCAUUCCAGGUAAUUGUGAAUCUUGUAAUGCACUAUCUCCUGUCCCUUAUGUAACCUAUUAAYGUUUGCUUCUUCCACCUUUUUUGAAAUAGCUAUAUASRACUUUGUUUCACAGGAUAAAUAAAAUCACCUUACUAUAAACAAUC